CGCAGCCAGACAAACAUGUCAGAAGGUGAGCCCAAGCCCUUGGGUGCUGGCAGUGGCUCAGACCCCAAGCCUGAGUUGUCCUCGUCGGGCGCAGGGCUGGCGUCAGUGUCCCCGCCGGUAACGUCCGUAGCCCCAGCCGUAGCUCCAGCCCCAGCUGCGCAGCCGCCGGAGGAAGAAGAGGAGGAGGAGAGUGAGGACGAGUCCGAGAUCCUGGAGGAGUCCCCCUGUGGGCGCUGGCAAAAGAGGCGUGAGGAGGUGAACCAGCGCAAUGUCCCAGGGAUUGAUAGUGCCUACCUGGCAAUGGACACAGAGGAAGGGGUGGAAGUAGUCUGGAAUGAGGUGCAGUUUUCUGAGCGCAAGAACUUCAAGCUUCAGGAGGAGAAGGUUAAAGCAGUGUUUGACAACCUGAUUCAGCUGGAGCACCUGAAUAUCGUGAAGUUCCACAAGUACUGGGCUGACGUGAAGGAGAACAAGGCCAGGGUGAUCUUCAUUACAGAGUACAUGUCAUCAGGCAGCUUGAAACAGUUCCUGAAGAAGACAAAAAAAAACCACAAGACAAUGAAUGAAAAGGCCUGGAAACGCUGGUGCACCCAAAUCCUCUCUGCGCUCAGCUACCUCCAUUCCUGUGACCCCCCCAUCAUCCAUGGCAACCUGACCUGUGACACCAUCUUCAUCCAGCACAAUGGACUGAUCAAAAUCGGAUCAGUGGCGCCAGACACGAUCAACAACCAUGUGAAGACGUGUCGCGAGGAGCAGAAGAACCUUCACUUCUUUGCCCCGGAGUAUGGAGAAGUUGCCAAUGUCACCACCGCAGUGGAUAUCUACUCCUUCGGGAUGUGCGCGCUGGAGAUGGCGGUGCUGGAAAUCCAGGGCAAUGGUGAGUCGUCUUACGUGCCCCAGGAAGCCAUCAACAGUGCCAUCCAGCUGCUGGAGGAUGGCCUGCAGAGGGAGUUCAUUCAGAAGUGCCUGGAGCAGGACCCGGGGAAGCGGCCCACUGCCCGGGAGCUCCUGUUCCACCAGGCCCUGUUCGAGGUGCCAUCACUGAAGCUGCUGGCCUCCCACUGUAUUGUGGGGCACCAGCACAUGAUUCCAGAGAACGCCCUCGAGGAAAUGACCAAGAACCUGGACAUGAGCGCGGUGCUGGCAGAGAUCUACCACCCCGACCGGGAGGGCGUCAAAAUGAUCUUCUCCCAGUCUCCAGCGCUGGAGUUGGACAAGUUCCUGGAGGACGUGAGGAACGGGAUCUACCCGCUCACAGCCUUCGGCAUGCCGCGGCCCCAGCAGCCCCAGCAGGAGGUAGUGAAGUCCCCCAUUGUCCCCCCAUCAGUGAAAACCCCGACCCCAGAGCCUGCCGAGGUGGAGACUCGCAAGGUAGUGCUGAUGCAGUGCAACAUUGAGUCAGUGGAGGAGGGCGUCAAGCACCACCUGACGCUGCUGCUGAAACUGGAAGACAAGCUGAACCGGCACCUGAGCUGUGACCUGCUGCCCAAUGACAAUAUCCAGGAGCUGGCAGCGGAGCUGGUGCAGCUGGGAUUCAUCAGCGAGGUGAGCAGGCCUGGCCCUGCGUGGUGACAGCAGGG